UCGCGGCAAUAAUUCUACAAGUGAAUUUAUAGUUUUAUCUUUUAUUUUAAUGGAGGUGACGGUGCUAACUUCUAGGGUGGCCAUGGCCACCUUUUUCUAGAAACCGCAAUUCCUCAUAGUCAUAGAUGCUGAACCGAAUCAGCAGCCUAUAAAGCAAGAACAACUCUGGAGACUGGAGGAGUACUAUUAAGCCAAAACGGUAGACAACAAUGUGUAUAGCGGUGUUUGGUUGGCAAGCCCACCCGCUCUUCCCUUUCAUUCUUCUGCAAAACAGAGAUGAAUAUCACAACAGGCCUACAAAGCCAGUUGCAUGGUGGGAUGGUUGUGAGAUUCUGGGAGGGAGAGAUGAGGUUGCAGGAGGCACAUGGUUGGCUUGUUCAAGAGGAGGGAGGGUGGCCUUUCUAACCAACGUCUUGGAACUUGAUACUCUCCCGGAUGCAAAGAGCCGUGGAGACCUGCCUGUGCUUUUCUUAGAGAGCAAAAAGACACCCAAGGAGUUCGCAGAGGAACUGAUUACAGAUGCGCAUCAAUAUAAUGGUUUUAACCUUAUUGUGGCUGACGUGUCUUCCAAAUCCAUGGUUUAUGUCUCCAACAGGCCGAAAGGAGAACCCAUUAUCAUUCAACAGGUUUCUCCAGGCAUUCAUGUGCUUUCGAACGCAAAGCUCGACUCCCCUUGGCAUAAGGCCCAGCGCUUAAGACUGAGUUUUAAGGAACAGCUUGGUAAAUAUGGUAAGGGUGAAAUACCUGUGAAAGAGAUGGUUGAGAGGCUGAUGAGGGACACAGUUAAAGCAGAUGAAAGCAAAUUACCUCGUAUUUGUUCCCUCGACUGGGAGUUCAAUUUAAGCUCCAUAUUUGUUGAAGUUGAUACCCCACUGGGACCUUAUGGCACUAGGAGCACUGCUGCAUUGACCAUAAGAGUAAGUGGGGAAGUAAGCUUUUAUGAGAUAUAUCUUGAGAAGAUGACGUGGAAGGAAAAAACUGUGAAUUACCGUAUUCAGAGGCUGAAGUCAUAGAUAUAGAGAUAAGGCAAUUGAAAGCCAGUGCUGGAAUAAGAGAUUGCUCAUCUAUUUGUUUACAUGUAUCCAUGUAAGCAGUCUGUCGAUGUAUUUUAUAAAUGCAAAAAAGGCCUUACUAGGCACAUUAAAUCAUAACAUGGACCCCAAAAACAACAAUGAAAUUAAAAGGCAAUCAAUCACGCUUCUUAUGUACUUCUGAGGCUUAACUAGGAGAAGUGUGCAUAUGGAAACACUGACUUACUCUAAUAAGAGAGUGAAGUGCUAAACUCAAGCAGCCAAGACGAUCAAUAGUAAUUGAGUUGAGGGUAGGAGAUCUUUUGCACCACGAAACCAGAGACUUGGGUUAUGUUUGGUACGCGAAAUGGAAGAAUGUGAAAUGAAAUAGCCAUUAUGAUGGCCCAUGAGAGAGUGAGCUA